AUGGCUUCAUCCAAAUCUCAAGCGACUGGUAUUGGGAAUAUCCAUACUGCGACGGUGGCAUGUAUCUCUAGUCUCGAGGCUUGUCUAUCCGUCAAACCACUGAUGAAAGGGGGCUGGGCAGAGAAUCGCCUGGCGGACAUGAAUCUCUGGGCCUCUGGUGUUGGUGCAUUGGCCAGGCCGAAGGCAUCCCUUGACCGUCGAUUGGAGUUUCAGCCAAAAGCACGGCUUGUUCUAUCCGAACUACUACUGACCCUUAAAACGUUAAUUGAGGUCUGCCGCAUACAUGCCAUGGAUUUGAACAGCGCCAAAAUCGAUACAUCAAGAGACGAGGACACCUCUACGACACCCGUGGACAUGUCCCUUGUCGUUGACUCAGAAUCUGCUUCAAAUGCAGAGUCUUGGUUCAUGGAGUUGGGCCACGACAUUGGGAUGGUUUCAGACUCCUCCAGCGACUCGUUUACAGAGGACCAGUCGGCUUACUGUGAUCAUGAAACAAAUCUCAAAAGGUUUAUGGACGAUAUUGAUGAUUUAAUAGACCAGCUUAUCAUGCUGGGAUUUGCCAUUCGAAAAUCGGGAACUGCCGCAAGAUUACAGAAAGCCGACAAGACUUUCAAUCCGAAGCAAGACGCGAAUUUACGAACAUAUCUCGAGUCUAUUGUGCUCCGAAACACUGGGAAAAGGCGACAAGAUAAUGAUUUCGAUCAAGGCCUGACCUCUUGUGAUAGAAUGCAUCACGCAAAUGCGCUUAGAGAGGUCACUGCGCCGCAGAACCAUCUCAUCAUUGCGAACCUGCGACGUCGACACAGAUUUAACUACGCUAGAAGACACCAGUUAGACCUAGGUCAACAGGUAGCGCAACCCAUCAUCACAAAAUCUGUGUUAUCAGCCCCGGGACCAACGCAAUACCAAAGCACAAUGACUCGUGAUCCUUUGAGCCAGGACCUGGAUAAGCCAACGAUGGCACCUAUGGGCUCAGCCACGCCUACGGGCUCUUCAGAAGUGCACGAAGCCCGAACUACGAGCGAGACUACAGCUUCCGCGGUGGAGGGCAGUAUUCUGAACUUAGCAAGACCUUCUGAACCUGCUACCAGUGUUAUGUCAACGAGCAUUCGAAAAUUUGAAUACCCCUCUCCACCCCCAGUUUCAAACUUUAUGAGAGGGUUCAAGUGUCCCUGUUGCUAUCAGACACUUCCAGAGAUGUUUCAUGAGUCGUCGAGGUGGAGAAAACAUCUUACGGAGGAUUUGUGUCCAUACACAUGUCCAUUUUCUGACUGUGAAAGGCCAGAGGUCUUAUAUAUCUCACGCACAGCCUGGCGUAAUCAUGUCCUCGAAUCGCACGGGGAGGGUGAGUACUGGGAAUGCCAAGCCUGCUCCGGAACAGUUUUCUCCACGGCGAAAGAGCUAGCCGAACAUAACCACUUGAUCCAUGGAAGCACAAUAUCCGAAGAUGAGAUCGCGGACCUCCAGGCUUUCUGCCGUAACAUUACACCACCAAGCAUAUCGCAUUGCCCGCUCUGUCUCUGGCCAGAAGGAGAGGAAGUUUUGCCAGACGCCAUGACGAGUCUUGAGCAUAUAGGCAGCUGUAUCCACGAAUUCUCCAUCAAUUCCUUACCGUGGGCUAAAUCCUUAUCUCUCCAGGGAACUGAUUCUACCACCAUAUCGGUUCCAAAUGUUGAAGAGUGGCUUACUGGGACCGUUGAAAAGUUAAAUAUAGAGGAGAUCCGAGAUCUGGACGUUAGAGGAUUUCAACUUCUUCCUCGACCACCUCGAUCCCCGAUUCAAGAUCCUAUGCAUAUACCCCAUGAAUACUUUGCUGAAAUAUCAAAGUACUCAUCUCAUGCGGAACGAGGAUCUCACAUUCCCAGUGGUAAGUGGUCUGAGGCUUCGUACCCUCAGAAACCCCUUUUAAAUCACGUCCGCCACGCCAUACUUAUCGGAGUAGAUAUCAGCACCAAUGGAACGGUGGAUGAGCUUGCGGCAAGCGGCACCGACUCUGCUACUACUACACAGUCUCAUCCGCCUCGUCCUAGUGACCGCCGCGGCUUCGAGAUAGCUAUCAUUUGUGCAUUGACCCUGGAAGCAGAUGUCAUUGAAGCUUUAUUCGAUCACCACUGGGAAGACGACGGCCCACCUUUCGAUAAAGAGCCCGGCGACCCAAAUGCAUACUCAACGGGCGUGAUCGGUCGUUUUAAUGUUGUCCUCGCAUACAUGCCAGGAAUGGGCAAGGUCAAUGCCGCUACCGUCGCUGCCAACUGUGGGAAGAGCUUUCCAAGCAUCAAGCUUGCUCUCGUUGUCGGCAUCUGUGGUGUCGUUCCUUUUACCAGCACUAAGGACGAGAUCGUCCUAGGUGACGUCAUCAUCAGCAAUGGGGUCAUCCAGUAUGACCUUGGCCGACAGUUUCCCGAGCCCCUGGUGCGUAAGCUUAUUUUGCCAGACAUCCCCGGCAGACCCAACCUGGAGAUUCAGGGAAUCUUGACAAAGCUGCGAGGUAUCCGACACCGCCGUCAAUUAAGCGCUAAGAUCGAAAGCUUUCUGGAUGUUCUCCGUCAGGAUCCAGAACUUCAUGCUGAAUAUCCUGGAGUUGCGGAAGAUAAACUCUUUCAGGCUACAUAUCGUCAUGCAGAUGAUCAGAAGUCAUGUCAGCAGGCUAAAUGUAAAGGUGACCUGGUUUCGCGAAGCCGACUAUUAAGAACAGAUGUGCCUCCGAAGCCUGCUGUACACUUUGGUUUGAUGGCAUCUAUAAAUACAGUUAUAAAGUCUGGUAAGGAUCGUGACCUCAUCGCCUCGAAGGAAAAUGUCAUUGCCUUUGAGAUGGAAGGGGCUGGUAUCUGGGAUACGUUCCCAUAUAUCAUUAUAAAAGGCGGCUGUGACUAUGCUGAUAGCCAUAAGACCAAGGCCUGGCAACGAUAUGCAGCAGCCACGGCUGCAGCUUGUGCGAAGGCUUUCCUUAGCUUUUGGAACCCGUCGCAUCAAGCCUCUCAUGGUCAAACAGUAAUCCCACUGUCAAAACAACAAAAUAUAUCAGCUAGAUUGAGGACUCAUUACCUUCCGUUUUCGAGGAACAAGAACUUUACAGGUCGUGAAGGGGUGAUCUCUGACCUUCAGCGGCUUCUAUUUGCUGAUCCCUAUGGCCAACGAGUCGCUCUUUUCGGUUUGGGCGGAUUAGGCAAGACACAGAUCGCCAUUGAACUUGCACAUCGUGUGAAAAGGGAAGAACAAAACGGUCGCCACUAUUCUGUUAUAUGGAUGCCUGCACUGAGUAUUGCUAGUUUUGAACACGCCUGCACCAAAAUGAUUAGGGAAUUUGGGAUCGAGUUAAAUGGCCAGGAAGAUCCUAAAGACACAUUCAAGAAGAUCCUGAGCUCAAAAGAGGCUGGAAGGUGGUUUCUGAUCGUCGACAAUGCCGACAACAUGGAGUGCCUCUAUGGAACUGCUGACACCGCCGGGGGUAUCGAACAAUUCAUACCAGGUUGCGAGCACGGCUCUGUUCUGUUUAUAACUCGAUCUCAUGAAGUUGCUAUUAGCGUGGCGCAGAAAAACGUUAUAAAGAUGCAAGGAAUGGAUGACCGAGAUGCCAAAGCGCUCUUGCAAAGUUCUUUGAUGGAAAAGGAUCAGAUGCAGGACUCGCCAGUCAUUGACGAGAUAUUACAUAAACUUGCCUAUAUGCCGCUCGCAAUCACUCAAGCCUCGGCGUACAUGAAAGUCAAUGAGGUUUCGGUCAGCGAAUAUCUCAACCUCCUCCAAAAUACUGACGAGGAAAUGGUAGAACUGCUGAGUUAUAGCGUGCAUAAUAGCACCCACUGCGACCCUUCCCAAGGCGCCGUUAUGACCACUUGGAUUGUGUCCUUUCAGCAAAUCCGACAUCUACAUGACGACGCUGCAAUACUUCUCUCUGCCGCGGCCCACCUUGAACCGAAGGCCAUACCAUGUGCCUUAUUACCGCCUCUAAGCUCUCAACAAAAGAUGACUCGUGCUAUUGGUAUACUAUGCCGAUACAGCUUCUUAAGUGCGCAAAAAGUUGGUGAGACGUUGGACAUGCAUAGUUUAGUGCAUCUUGCACUACAGAAAUGGAAUGAACAAGAGGGACUUGAGACAGCAACACGAAAGAUGGCAUUUGCACAUGUUGCUGAGGUCUUUCCAUUUGCUUACCGGGAGUAUCGUGAGUUAUGGCGACAAUAUAUGCCACAUGCACUAAGACUCCUAACAAAGACGGAUGGUGCCGAUGUUGGAGACAGAUGCCGACUCGGAAAAAAGGUUGGUCAAUGUUUGAUGGUUGACGGACAAGCAAGACAGGCAGUGCAUAUCUUUGAGUCUGUGGUCGAGGUCCAGAUGACAUUCUUGCCAGAGAAUCACCUAGAUCGGCUGGCAUCACAGCGAGAGCUUGCAAAGGCAUAUGGAUCUAAUGGUCAGACCAAACAGGCAAUUAAGCUGCUUCAACAUGUGGUUGCCGUCCAAGGGGAGAUAUUAGCAGAAGAUCACCCAGAUCUGCUGGCAUCACUGCGAGAGCUUGCAAAGGCAUACAAAGAUGAUGGAAUAAUAGAAGAGGCAAUUGCACUGCUUGAGCAUGUGGUGGUAGCUCAGGCAAAGGUAUUGCCAGAGGGUCACCUAGAUAGGCUGGAAUCACAGUAUGAGCUUGCAACGGUAUAUGAAGCUAACGGAAGCAUCAAAGAGGCAACUACACUGUUCGAACAAGUCGCUGCAGUCCAGGCGGUUGUGGUAUCAGAGGAGAACCCCGACCGGCAGCUAUCAGCAUCAAUAAGGCGGCUGCAGUCCCGCUAUGAUAAGUUGAGGGAGGCCAAGGCUUCGGGAGAGCCAUACGGCGGGGAAACUGUCGAUCAAUUGUAG